AUGGAUUUGCGAUCAUCAACACGUAAGUUUGAUCAUAUAACAACGUUAAUAUUGAUCAUAACGAUGGUAAUGGUGAUGAGAAGAGGAGAAUCGAUGAGAUUGGAUCUGGAAUCAGGCACGACCAAAUGCGUCUCCGACGACAUCAAAAUAAAUUAUAUGACUGUUGGAACUUACUCCGUCGUCAAUUCAAACGAAGCUCACCAUCUUCCUGCUUCCCACAAAAUCCAUGUCACUGUAGCGUCACCUAAAGGGCACACUCAGCACCAUGCACAAAAUGUGGAGUCUGGGAAAUUUUUGUUCACGGCGGUGGAAACUGGUGAUUACACAACGUGUUUUAUUGCUCCUGCUUUUAGACCUCCUGCCAAAUUCGCCGUUGAUUUCGAAUGGAAAAGUGGUGUGGAGGCUAAAGAUUGGACCAACAUCGCCAGGAGAGGCCAGAUCAACAUGCUGGAGGUGGAGGUGAGUAAACUACUGGACGUGACGGAUUCUAUACACGACGAAAUGUUUCUACUCCGAGAGAGGGAACGGGAAAUGCAGGAACUAAACCGGUCAACAAACUGGAAGAUGGCGGGUCUGAGUGUAUUCUCGUUACUGGUUACGUUGUCGGUAGCUGGUAUACAACUGUGGCAUCUCAAGUCAUUCUUGGAGAGAAAGAAGCUUCUCUAA